UCAGUGAUAUUUGUGCAACAUUUUUGUAACAAUCCUAACAUCGCUUAAAGUUGCAGCGCGACUUUUUCAAUGAAGGUCCUGGGCACUACUACUAUAUGCAACAUGGCCGCUAAAGUUGGAGAUGUUGUCUUUCAAGCUAGCGAAAACGUUAAUGGAGAGGAUUUUUGGGACGAUAGCGCGUUGAUCAAAGCUUACGAGAAAGCGGUUAAAUCCUUUAAGUUUCAGUGUGGUAGUGGCAAUGAAUCAUUACAAGCCCAUGAUCGUGAUGAUAAGAUAAGAAAGAAGAAAAAGAGAAAAAAGAGAUCAAAAAAGAAUGAUUAUUCCAUAAAUGUAGUUGAAAAGGCUAACAGAAACAUGAAAAUUUGGAAUGUUGGUGACAAGUGUCAAGCAGCCUACUCCGAAGAUGGUUUAAUAUAUGAUGCAGAAAUUAUUGAGAUUUGUUCAGAUGUUGCAGAUAUGUGUGUUGUGCAAUACUGCGAUUAUGGAAAUACUGAACAACAAUGUCUAUCAGAUCUUAUACCUAUGGACGAUCGAGAGGUUUACAAUCUCCAAUUCCAAACAGGUUGAUUUAAUUUUGUUCUUAGCAUACCAACUCAUGAUUAUAUACAUUAUUCCGAUGCAAGUACUAAUGAAUCAAAAACCAUAAACUGGAAAAUCAGUGACAUAUGUGUUGCUCCUGAACCACCAAAUAAUCAUUAUCACGAGGCAGUUAUAAACUAUUUUUCAUCAUCAUUGACCUGUAAAGUUACUUUCAUAAGAUCAAGACAAUGUCAUGAGGUCAAACUGACCGACAUAAAGAAAUCAUCAGAUCUGAACUUAAAUACACAUUUUCAUCAAAUGUUUGGAAAUCCUAGUUCAACUACUACCCCAAUUAAUCAUUUUGCAUGCCAUAAUAAGGGGACACCUCGUCCACCUAUACCACCUCCACCACCUCCUAUAUCCCUUGACGAACUACAAGGCGACGAGGAAUCCUUAGCUAGUAUGUUGAUGUCAUGGUACUUGAGUGGAUACCAUACAGGAUAUUUUAAAGCUGUACAAGAGUUUAAAAGAAAACAAAAUCAAAAUACUUCGCCAAAACAAACUAGUUAAGACAGCACUUAGGAGGGAUAGUAUCAUGUUUGCUUAUGGAUGUGUUUGGGUAAAAAAUCAUAUUUAACCUUUGUUGUUCAACGAUAUCGUUGAUUGCCAUAUAUGGUAAAUUCUGCCUAUUAUGGUAAGACCAAUUAGUGACGUAAAAAUAAUUGUGCGCAUUAAGAGGUCUGGAACUAGUAAAUAGAACAAAACAGAAAACACAAA